AUGAAGUCACCAUCACCUCAACUUCUUCGCGCCCUGCGCACCUCAUUAGCCAACACUCGGCAUAUUCCCAGCCAGCCUCGACUCUCCGUCCUCUCAGCCACCGUAUCCCCAUGCCAUUCUGUCGCUCCAGGCGCCGUGAUUCCUUCCGCGCGACGAAACAACAGUUCGACCGUGCGACCAUCCCGCAUGGUCUCGCGCGCACACGCCCACAAGCCCACCAGUCGUGAUCGGGGCCCAGCGUCCCAGGAAGACACCCAGACAGACUUCAAUGCGCUGAAUGUACUGGGCAACAUCCCCGCGCCCACCACGGCGAUUGACGCAUGUCUUGACUCUGGCUUCCACCUCAACAACGGAGUCAAGGUCGGUAACGGAGAUGGAGUCUUGCUGGUUGGUGGCGAGGCGUUUGCGUGGCGGCCGUGGAAGGCCGUGGAGGGAGCCGAGAACGACAAUGCGGCGAGAGACUCCAUGCUUAAUUCCAAAGGGCAGUUUGAACUGGAUGAGUCGGUCUGGGGUUUGUUGAACCUUGUGUGGCCGAAGCCCGACAUGCUGAUUCUCGGUCUUGGUGGCUCGAUGUUCCCUCUUUCGCCUGAAACCAAGCGUCACAUCAACUCGCUGGGGAUCCGGGUUGAUAUUUUGGACACAAGGAAUGCAGCUGCUCAGUUCAACCUGCUUGCCACGGAGCGUGGUGUUACUGAAAUUGCUGCUGCAAUGAUCCCCAUCGGAUGGAAGGCCCGGCCUCUCUAG